AUGUACGAGCAGGCAGAGCCUGUCCGGUCGCCUUUCUCCGGCCCCGACAGCCGCAAAACCAGUGAGCCUCCCCAAGCCCGUCCCGUCCGGCAGAGUGGUUCACGCGGGCGUGUCCGCCAUGGCAACGGCUCUUCUGAAGACCAGGAAACGUCUUCACACAUGUAUGAAGAAGCCGAGGAGGUGAAACGUUACGCAACGUCUGCAGACGGCGCGUAUCCGGGUGGAGCGAGCGGCCGCCGGGGUGUCUGUAGCUUCCUCUAUGCCCGCCGCAGCAGUCUGGCCGCCGGCAUCGCCGUGCUACUGAGCCUGGGUGCCGUGGGACUCGCCCCUCUCACGUUCAGCAACAAACAGGAAAUCUCUCAAUUGUCGAAUACUGUUGAAGUCCUGAAACGCGAGCAAGACGGGAUGCGCCAAUUGUCCAGCACUGUUGACGGCUGGAAACGGGACCAAGACGACACGCGCCAACUGUCCACCACUGUUGACGGCUUGAAACGCGACCAAGACGACAUGUCCGCAACUGUUGACGGCUUGAAACGCGUCCAAGACGCCCUGAAACGUGACCUGGACAACGAGCGCAGCCGAACCGCCGCCCUGGAGCAGUGUCUUCACGAGAUUGAGAAGGCUUUACCACCUUGUCCCGAAGGUUACACUCUGCGGCGUGGAACCUGCUACAAGGCCUUCAACACACGCAAGUCCUUCAAUGCGGCGGCGGUGGCCUGUCUUGCAGACAGCGGCACCCUCGCCAUGCCCCGAGACGCCGAGACCAACGCCUUCCUGGUCUCCCUGUACAAGUCCUUAGGCGACGGUUGGAGCUUCUGGUUCGGCCUGCACGAUCAGCGCGAAGAGGGAAAGUUUGAGUGGGUGGACGAUUCUGCUCUUGGGACGUACAACUCCUGGGCUCCGGGAGAACCGAACAACUAUGGGGGCGGCCAAGAUUGCGUCCUCUACGCCGUAGUCCUGAGAGACAAGUGGAGUGACAACGACUGCCGCAUGCGGUUUCGCUUCAUAUGCCAGACUGCUCCAGGACGUCCCUAG